AUGCCGUUGUCAAAUCGCCGUCGCGCGCGGCGCAAGGAAAUUCAACUGCAGGAAACAUCCGACGCCGAGGCCCCAGACUCGUCGCCCAGUCGCCCAUCCGCAAAGAAGCGCAAGGUUGAGCGCCGCGCCUCUCCCUCACGAACUGCGAUCAAGAACGAGUCCGCCGACGAAGCCGAGGACUCGGCAGGUGAACAUGAUCAGUCCGCACACCAGGAUAUCGUCGACCUGGUCAUUUCGUAUUUAAACACCCCGCGCGAAGAAUUGCGCGUCUCGCGCGACCAUUCCAACACCAAGACCGAGAAUAAGCAGAGUAUCCAAGCAUACGCCAAGAUCGCCGGCCGCAACUGGACUUACUAUGUCAAGACGCUGCAUGUCAAUAUCGGUCGCGAACCGGAUCGUGAGCAGAGAUCUACCGAGCAGUCCAGUCCCGUCACUAUUGCUGCCCGUGCGCUCCCCGAUGUGCAUGUCGAUUUGGGCCCCAGCAAGUUCGUGUCCCGUCUGCAUGCGGAGAUCUUUUAUGAUGGCGAAGAGACGCCUGCCUGGCAUAUUCGUGUCAAUGGCCGCAAUGGCGUCCGCCUGAAUAAUGUGAUUCUCAAGCGCGGUGCUGAUGCCAUUCUUCACUGCGGCGAUAUCAUUGAGGUAGCCAACUGCCAGAUGAUGUUUGUCACGCCCGGCGACGACGCCAACAUCCAGCCCAGCUUUAUCGAGCGCGCUCAGCGCAUUGCCAGUGGUCAGGAGCCUGAUCCAGCUUCACAGGCGUGGGAUGCCUCGAUGCAUGCGCAUCCCUCGGCAUCGCAGGCCACCGAACCCGUACGGCCAUCAUCCUCUGGCGGUCCCUCGCUGGCCCCCGCGCCUCAAUUCCUCAAGCGCCAGGUCACUCCGCCCCCGCGAUCACCGGAUACCGCUGGUCAGCGAACUGCCAAGCAGUCGCCGCUUUACAACCGAGGCAUGAUGAUGGAGAGUACGGAGGAGAUUGACUACAGCAAGGACUCGGCCAAGGAUUUGAAGCCUCCAUACAGCUACGCCAACCUCAUUGCGCAGGCUAUCUUCUCCAGCGAAGAGGAGAAGCUUACCCUUAACAGCAUCUACAAUUGGAUUAUGGAUCGCUAUGCAUUCUACCGACACUCGCAGAGCGGCUGGCAGAACUCCAUCCGCCACAACUUGUCAUUAAACAAGGCGUUCCAGAAGGUGCCCCGUCGGACUGAUGAGCCCGGUAAGGGAAUGAAGUGGCAGAUUGCGGUUGAGCACCGUGAGGAAUAUCGCAAGAAGCAGAUGCGCAAGGGUACGCAGUCGUCAGCACCAUCGUCUCCUGCUACCAAGGAACCUCCAUCUUCCGCACGGGGUACCCACGUUGCUGCGUUGGACACCUCCUUCUCGGCCACGGCCAAAAAGUCCCCUCCCGUCUCGUCUCCCGGUUUCAGCUCCUUUCCCGUAGCUCCCGUGGAGGCAUACACCCCCGAGCGUGGAUCUCGCGGCGGCCGUGGAGUCGGAUCUGACCACCCAUUGCGGCACAUGAAUCCUCGCGACUACGAGGAGCCUUCCCCUUGCCUGCGCGCUCGCACAAUGGCAAUAACAAUGCGAGUUCUAGCCGCCCUCAGUCGUGCCUACGGACUGUCGGAUAACGUGACCGGGUCUCCCCCCGUACUGUCCUCCUCAUACUACGACGAAGGCCCUUCGUCAAUGAUCACCCCUGCUCCUCAGCGCCAGCAACCACGCCUGCCACCGCCAAGCACGGCGCAGAUCCCAUCAAAGUUCAUGCCGAUGAGCUCUCCCGCACAAUUCUGGAAGUUUGCCGAUAUUGGCAGCACCCCUGCCCGGCCCGUACCGGACAUGAGUCCACUCAAGGGUGAGCCGGAUGAGCGUAUCAUCGGUGGCUUCCCGAGCAGUAGCCCGCCUCCUCCAAAUUUGGUGAGCCCGAGCAAACCUGGAACGUCAAAUGGUCUAGGCUCGAGUCGGACCUUGCCACCUCUGCAGUCUGAUGGCCCGGAUUUGGGAGGCCACGGGCCGAUCAAGGAAGAACGGAUGCAUGAAGAGGAUGAGGAUGAUGGAGGUGGUUUUGACUUGGCUCGUGGAUUUCAGCCCAUUGGCUCGUAUCACCGGCAGCUCAGCAAUGCUGCUCGAGCGACUGCCACCUAA